CUUGGAUGGCGGAACGACACUGAGUCAGAGAAAGAUCGAGGUGCACAUUGAUCAUGAUCCAUGAUCGAGACGAAAGAGGAGCCAAUCACCAACUAGCUAGAAGACAACGCCUGUCUUUCAUAAUCACCCUGGGAAUCAUCCACCAUGAAGCUCUUCUGGCUCCUUGUCGUCGUGUUUCUCCAUGCUCACUCUGAGCGCUGUCAUGUCCAAGGGCUCUCCGCCAUAGCGCCGAGGCCGAUCAAAAACGUCGCUGUCAUCGGUUCGGGAAUUUCUGGGCUAGGCGUGGCGAAUGCAUUGGAAUCUUUAUCGCACAAAGAUGACGACGUGCAGCUGAGUCUCUUUGAUGCUCGCCCCAGCUUGAACAGGCAAGAUGGAGCCGGUAUCCAACUCAAUGGUGGCCUGGCUGCUCUUGGAAUGAUCAACAAAGAUCUGCAAAAAGCGGUCAUGGAUGCUGGGUUGCCCCAAAGGCAGGUGGAAAGCAGAACUAAAUCAUGGGAAAACCCCUCGCCGUCCACGUACAGCACGCUCCUCAAAUUUGACUUGGAUGACGUCGUCCGCAAAGCCGGUGGUGCUGUUACCGCUGGGCUAGUCCAAGAUGACAAUGUGCUGUGGUAUGCCAUUAUGCGAGGAGCGCUUCAGGAAGUGCUGCUUGCACACAUCUCGGAAAAGGUUCAGUUUGGAAAGAGGCUGUCAAACAUAGUUCCAACAGAUGCUGGAUGUGGUGUGUUUUGUGAGUUUGCGGAUGGGUCAAAAGAGGGUCCAUUUGACAUGGUGAUUGGAUGCGAUGGUGUUCGCUCUGCCGUCAAGGACUACAUUGAAACUGGUAAGAUUGGCACGGGUGAGACUGGUUUGUAUUCCGGGAUCCGGAUCAAGUUUGCCAUUGAAGACGGUGACUCCGCGGCGGAAAGCCAACCUACUACUGCUUCAUUUACUCAGUACUUUGGUGACGGUGGCUUUGCCUUGUCUGCUGUCUACGGUGACGGGAAGGACAACCCACCGUCCAAGGGCACAUACCUCAUUCACUUGGAUGAAGGGUACUUUGGCCCCUUCAAAAGGAAGUCUAACCAAGAUGCAAAAACAGUCAAUGAAAACGUCGAGUGGUCUCAGAAUGAGCUUCUCCAAGAAUCGCGGGAUACCAUGAUGAAGCUUGUCAAAGAGGCCAACAUUCCAGAUGCUGAACUGGAACCACGAAUCUCCAACGUCGACAGAAUGUUUGAGCUUGGAGUCUACUUUCACAAUCCAUUCACUCUUGCAGGCUGGAGCAAAGAGAUAUCAGACGGCUCUUGGGCUGUGCUAGUGGGUGAUGCAGCUCACGCAAUGCCACCAUUUCUGGGCCAAGGUGCCAAUCAAGCUCUACAAGAUGGAUACACACUUGCCACGAAGAUUUGCGAGUUCAACGAUGUGGUGCAGGGACGUAUAGAGCCACAGAAGGUGCCGAGUGCAAAUGGCGACGACGAGGACGAAGAGGAGGAGAAAACGCUGAAGUCACUUUUGAAGGAGUACGAGAGAACACGAUGGUUCCCUACAGCCAGUAUAAGCCUGAAGUCAUCCUUUCUGGGAUACUUGGAAGUGGGUGGAUUUGAUGGAGCCUAUUCCAAGUUUCGUGAUGUUUUCUUCCAAACCAUGGGCUUUAUUGGUGUUGCCAAGAAAGUACUCCUCGAUGCUGCAACGCCUAAACUAUAG